UUAAAACGAACUUUUUUGAAAUAUCUCAUUUUUGACACAAUUAACAAAAUUGCGAAUAAAAAUGUUACUUUUUAAAGUUUGUAUUCAUCAUUUCGUGUGUAAACAGCAUUAAGGAAAAGCUUGCGAGUACAUGAUAAUAUUUCAUUGUUCAAAAAAAGUUAUGGAUGGUUGAUCCUCCCCGAAUAGACAAUCAAAAUAAAGUCACACUUAGUCAGGACAUUACACGUACUGUUUAUGCGAUAUAAAAGGUUUUUCACCCACCUAUACUCAUUCAGUGUGCGGUUCGUUUUCUCGGACACAUGUACCAGUUGACAUACUGCUUUCUCACCUUCCAGAAUGAAUUCGUAUUUUUUAUUUACUUUUUGGCUGCUUUGCUGUCGGCUACCCGAGGCCAUUACGCUUCGGGAGAUUUGUUAAACGACGAAGCGUUUGAAGCCCUCGAAGAUAUACGAGAUGAACCCCGGCUGCCGAGGCUUAACGAAGCGCUUAUUGAUGUGCCGAUGGUUCAAGAAGACAGUCAUAAUAUGACCUGUGACUGUGACAGCGAGUGUGACAAGCUUCACGUGAGAAGGCUGCCACACGAUGUUCAGGACGAAGAAAAAUACCUCACCUACGAAAACUACCUAGUGUUAUGCCCUGAUGCUGCUGCCAUGUAUCUGCCACGCCUCCCUGGUGCAAAUGACCCAGCCAAGAAGUAUGUGUGCAAACAAGUGUUCGACUGCUACCGAAGUUGUAACCAGCAUUUUUACUCUUGUAUCAGAGACUCUGGCAACAACUAUGGUCUGUGCAUGCGCGGGGCUUAUAAAUGUAUGUGCGACUGUAUUGAUAACAAAUCCUUCAACGAACUCCCUCACAAGCCCUGAGUCCGCCACUGAACUUUGUAACAGACACUGCUACCAUUAUCCUGUAAUGUGACUCUCUUCAGUUGGAGUCUAUC